AUGUCCAUCCCCAAAACUGCCAUCAAGUCUACCGGCGCUCCGGCACCUCCGCCUUUCCUCUCGCAGGCCAUUCAAAUGGGGGAUUUUCUCUUUUGCUCCGGUCAGGUUGGCUGCCGAGCUGAUACUGGAGCUAUGGUUGAAGGCUCUAUCCAAGACCGAACUCGUCAAAUUCUUUCCAACAUGCGCUCGGUGCUGGAGACAGCCGGAACGAGCUUGGACAACGUUGUCAAGUGCAACAUCUACUUGACUAGCAUGAGUGACUUUGGUGCUGUCAAUGAAGUAUAUGCUGCUACAUUUUCACAGCCUAUGCCAGCACGUACUUGCGUCUGUGUGAAGGAGCUGCCGCUGGGAACCGACGUAGAAAUCGAGUGCAUUGCAGGUGUCAAGUCAAACGCCAAGCUGUGA